GUCAACCGAUACACCACAGUAAACAGCACCCAUGUAAUGAGUGGACAUCGCGCAAACAGAACUAUGUUGCACUACUGGCUUCUGCUGUCCUGGUUUGGCACAGCCAGCCUGCAAUAUAUCAACGUCGGGCCCACGCCAGACGCGCUCAUAGACCCCGUCCUCUCGACCUUCAACGUCCACGUCCCGUACGUCAACUACUACAACCCCCCGCUCCAAAGCGAUUUCCACGUGCAUAGGGAACCCAUCGACAACACAGACGUGUACAACCGAUUUUACCCAAGCGGGGACUAUCCGCCCGUCGAUCGAGAACGACGAAACAUAAAUGAAGAAUCAAAAGAUUGGUUACCGAAUAUACUAGACCGCGCAAUACAUACUGAAACUGAAGAGAGAGCCGUUACACCCCAAAUAAACCAAAAGUCCAACUCGGAUAAUGAAACGAAUACGGAGAUUUUGAGCCUUCGGAAAAGGAGCUUUAGCCCGUGGGGCGGCAAGCGGGCGGGAAGCGUCAAUGUCGAUCAGAUGUGGACCUGGAAGCGCGCCACUCGCAACAGGGAGCCCAGCAUGCCCAAACGGGUGCGCUUUAGCCCGUGGGGAGGAAAAAGGAGCGGACAAGUGCUAUACCAACCCGGCAGUAAAGUUAAGAGGGUAAUUUACUCAACUUCCAUACCGGCGCUCACUCGGAUCUUAUCCAACUAUUCGCCCUUGGACCGACCGUCAGAUAUGACUGAUUACCAAUUCAGACCAUCAUUAGACAAGCGGCAUCCGAUCAAAAUUCAAGUAAUGGGCGGUCAAUCAGAUCACGCACGCGAAGCGUUACCCUUUAAGAACUUCCUGUCAGCUUUACCAUCCUUGUUUAAGCCGGGUCAUCCAUACGCAGACUUGAAUUUGAAAAACGACGGCAAAAGAAAGGUCAUCUUUAGCCAAUGGGGAGGGAAGCGAACGGCACCCAUAAUUGGACCCAUAUGGACACCAGUUCUAGGCAAUGUGAAGGAGGCUACUUUAGAUGCCAUUAUACUUAUCAGGAAUAAUAAUAUUGACGAAGCGAAGGAAGAAUCGACAAAAGCAUUGUAAAAUGGAACAACUGUCAUGUAACUUCCGGACUAUUCAAAAUUCACUCCUUUCUUAGCGGCAUCGUGAUCUUUCAAAUGCUUUAUCUAGCUUGCUAUAUAAGCAUAAUAGUGCCAUAAAUAAGUUAAAAUAAGCAGAUUGAAGUUCGGGAGUUACAAAAUUUGUCGUCGACAAAAAGGCUGGGUUUGUCGAUUGACAGCGAACUGAAAAAUGCACUAAGUCAACAUUGUUAAGGUGUCGUAUUGUACUUAUUUAUUGAGCUAUCUUGUUAGAAAAUUAAAGAGAAUUAAUUAAGUU